GAGACGACGGGCGCAUUGUGUGAUGUUCACGGCUCUUGAACAACGGACAUACAGAGAUUUGGAUUUACCGCUGAGCUGCUGCUCGAAAUGCGUUUUGGGCCUUCCUCCAGACAACACUGGCGUUUACCUGUCCACGGCUGGCUCCUACGUCCAUUAGCGGUAAGAUCAUCCCCUGCCGCUUCUUAUGCAUAAAGAUAAGCUUCGUGGAGAUGCCUUCCAUUAUACUGGAGAAGGAACGGGACGGUGCCAUGUGCAAGACGCUGUUUCUUCGACGCGGAGGAACGUGCCAAGGCGGCUCCUGCGUUCCUUUCCCGACAGACGGCAAUCCUCCAACGACAGGAUCAGUGACUGAAAAAGCAGCGGACCUUGCAAACAGCCUCACCGGGACACUGGGCACACUCAACCCUAUAAGUGCAGCUGCGAAAGCAGCCGGAGGAGUGUCUGGAGCGAUUGGGGCCGCAAUAAAUCUCAUGCCUUCUUCUCUCACAGGGGACCUUGCGAAGGACGUCACCGGGACCUCAAGCGCGCUCGAAACCGCACCUGUCGCCGGGAAAGCAACUGAGACAGUUUCUAAGGCGAUUCGGACCGCAAGCAGUCUCGUGCCUUCACCUCUCAGAAGUUUACUUGCCGCUUCAACAGGGAAAAAGUAAAGACUCCAAAGGCUUUUGG